AUGGAGCGGGACCUACUGGCGCAUCCUUCCUCAGGCCAUGGACCUUAAGCGAAGAGAAGUUUAACACUAGUGCCCAAUAUCACAACUUCGAGCAUUUGAAAGGUACCAGUGAUCAGCGCCUCACUUUUCAUUUGGGACUCCAGGAAAAUAUGGCUUCAAGCAAGAUUGAAAAUGGGCCUUCCGAGGCGGCAUCUGCAGAUCUUCCGCCGGCGAUGGCAGAGAUCAAGCAUCAAGGGGUCGAUGAAGUCAUUAAAGAGAUGAAUCGUCUGCCUCUUUUUAUGUCGACGCUCGAUGAGACCGACGGCGAGGGAGGUGAGAACAUCCAUCUCGAAGCUCUAAAGGCACUAGCAUAUGAGGGAACAAAGGCGGAGGUAGCAGAGAAUUUCCGUCAGCAAGGAAAUGAGUGCGCGCGCGCCAAACAAUGGACGGAUGCAAAGGAGUUCUAUGACAAAGCUAUUGCUGCGCUGAAAGCGCCGCCUCAAGAGCCGGAUCCCGAGGACGAGCCACAGAUCUAUGAGAUUGAGGUGGAUGAAGAGGAAGAAGCCAAGAAAGAAAAGCAGAUCGAGGAAGCCUGCUAUGUUAACCGAGCACUAUGUAACCUAGAGAAGAAAAAUUAUCGUUCAUGCAUACAGGAUUGUGCUUCCACCCUUCGACUGAACCCUAGCAACGUGAAAGCUCUGUAUCGUUCUGCACAAGCAUGCCUGGCACUUGACAAGUUGCCCGAAGCCACAGACGCCUGCACGAGGGGCCUUGAGAUUGACGGUACCAAUGCAGCCCUGAAAACGCUCUCCACCAAGAUCGCUGCCCGCGGCUCGUAUCUAGAUGCUCUGGCCAAAGCUCGGAAAGAACGAGAGGAGAGGGCUGCGUCAGAAAAAGCCACCCUCACAUUAGCCCUGAAGAGUCGAGGCAUACUUACCAGGUCUACAGACCAGGCGCCAGAUCUCGAGGAUGCAGCUGUGAAACUGGAGAACUCAAUGGACCCGAGUUCUACUCUUUCCUUCCCAGUCAUUCUAUUGUAUCCACUCCAUUCCCAAUCAGACUUCGUCAAAGCGUUCUCCGAGAAGGAGAAGCUUGAUCAGCAUCUUGAGUAUAUUCUGCCUGUACCCUGGGACACAGAGCAAGCCUAUACUUUGGACAAGGUCGAGGCAUACAUGGAGACAAUAGCUGGUGGGCUCAUAAAAGUGGGUAAGAAAAUGUCACUAGGAAAGAUCCUUGCCUCUGGCAAAGUCGAGAUUGUGGAUGGAUUGAUCAAGAUCAACGUGGUCCCAAAGGAAAGGGCAAGCGAAUGGAUAGACGAGUUCAAGCGGAGAAAGCCAUCAUGAAUCCAUGAACGCCCCGCGGAGGAUCCAGGCAGGCACGAUGGCGGGUAUCCAAAGAUACUGAGAUGAAGGACGAUUCACUCCACAGUCCAGGAUCAAAAGAUUUGGACGGAUUAGACGGACGGAGCUGCGCGAAACGCCACAUAUCGUCGCAUCGAAGCGCUGGUUGGGCUUACGGUUUACCAUCUUGGCCUCUCCAUAUA